UGUGAAUCAGCCUUUAGUUGAAGAGAAUAUCGAUAUCAGUCAAAGUUUACAAACUCCAACAUCUAAAAAAAACUUCUAUUGGAAAAAAUUUAUUAUUGUUGACUCAAAGUACAAAUAGAAAUGGAGUCCAUAAUUUGUGAUUUAGAACGACAUCGCACCAGGGGCGAUGGGAUGGAAGAAGAACAGCUUAAUGGCAACAAAGAAAUAGUUAUACAAAAUGAAAAUGAUGGGAAUCGACAAAUCGGACACCGAGCAACUAGUGCUAACGUAGCAGAAUAUGUCCAUAGAAAAACUUCAACUAAUAGUUUACUACCACUACCUGGCUUGCAUUCUUUGUAUCGGCGAUCUGAGGGUGGUUCACGUCGCCUAGCUCCCGUGACGCCUAAAGGUGAACUUAUACAAAUGACACCUCAUUUAGCUAAGCCAGCAACUCGCAUAAGCAAACAUCAAAUAUCAAAUGUUCCCAAAUUUAUACCAUAUGAACCGUAUCCAGGAGCCACAAUUCCCAUUGUAUCAAGUGGUGUCACAAAGAAAGAACUCACAAAAGUAGAAAAGGUUGAUAAAAAUAAUUUGGAUAUUGGGAUCCUGGUAGGCCAAAUGUCAACUUUACGUACACAGGAACUAGAUGAAAAAAACCGCAUUAAAACUGAGAGUUCCACUGCCUUAGAUCAAAAACUAGAGAAAUUAACAGAAGAUCUCAGACGGACUAAGGAGGAACGCGAUUAUUUUCAAGGGCAGUUCAGAUUUCAGACACAAGUUAACUCUGAGUUGAAAAACUUAUUAAUAGCAUCUGUGGGUGAAGACUUGCAAACACAUGUAAAUGGGCUCACCGAAGAUAAGCUGCAACUGGCGCGUGCUCUCCUGGAUACGGCAAACAAUUUAACAACACACACAGAGCAAAUUGAGUUUCUAGCCGGUCAAUGUGAAGUAUGGCGUUCGAAAUUUCUUGCAAGUAGCGUUAUGGUGGAAGAAUUGGCGAGGUGGAAAGCGGACUUAACUCAUAAGAACCAAAUACUAAAUGAAUCUGUUAAGCGGUUAUUGCACGCUACGGACCAGGUUCGAGAAAUGCAAUUGGAAAUUUUAAGAAACCUUAAAUUUGUUGCAAAGAUACGUUAUCUAAAUCUCCCAGCGACCGAUAUGAUCAGCCUCAGCGCAGAAAAUUUAAAUAUAGUACAGCAAAUGGUAUUGCAUUCAGGCUUUGGGAUACCAGAAGGAGAUCUAAACAUUUCGAGUGCUAGUAAAAAUCCAUUGUCUGAUGCAGAAAAAUAUGCAGUAAAGGCAUUACAAUUUAUUAGUCAGCCACUGAUGGCUACUGACGAUGCGAUAAAAGCUUUGUUUGAGCAAGUUCAACGGCCAUAUAUUCAAACAACUGCGGGGAAGGAGGUUAAUACCAUCAAAUAAAUUAUUUUGGUUGUAAUCGGAGAUUGAAAACAAGGAAUAAUUUCUUUAUUUGUUUUCUGUUAACAAUUAUGUAUCAACUGUUAAAUAUUUCUUAGGCAAAAAUACUUUGGCAGCGACCGCUUUUCUAAUCUGGGUUCACUAGAUUAUUAAAGCCCGAAAAAAUAAAUACAUACAUGAACGACGUGUUGCAAACGUACUAUGUAUGUCCACACAUAUAUUAAAUCGUCCAAAAAUUAUUUAUUUAAAAUUCUAUGAAACAACCACUCACAAACCGUCUAAGCACUAAUUCCAUUCCAGGAUAAUAGUGCAUAGCGCAUGUUAACAGUUAUUUUGACACACUUUUAUUUUCGAUUUCUGGUUACGGCAAUAAAAACGCUGAAAGGUGGAAAAGGAGUGCAACUAAGUUGUUGUAUAUAUAUUUAAUGCUAUAUGAAAAUAAUAUUUCAAUUAUAGUUAUAAAGAUAUGUAUAUAUAUUUAAUUAAAUUAAGUGGUAUUGAAGAGUUUUAAGUUAAA